GCGAAUCUGGUAAUUACGAACAAAAGCAGGACCGGGUAGACUCCCAACACUCCAAUCGAGCUGUUCUUUCGCGGAACGCCAUCUCCUCUCUCAUCAUCUCCAACAAUAAAGUCAAUUCUCUCUCCUCUUUCUCUCUCUUCUCCCCACCCACAUCAUAUACAGUGACUCAGUCCACUGCGAUUCUUUCUUCGCCAGUCUUUUAUGCCAACGAUACUUCUCUAAUUCCCUUAUCUCUUCUCCAAUGAGUUUCUUGAACCCUAACCCAGUUUUCCCUUAGCCCCAUAGAUUCAUUUAGGUAUAUACAGAAUUGGAAUCAGAUGGGCGGAAAGGGGAAGAUCCGCCGUUGGAGAAUCUCUUUCUACAGAUCUUCCUCCGCUGCCAAGAAGGAGCCGCCCCAGGAAUUCCUCUGCCCCAUCUCCAAGUCGUUAAUGUUCGACCCCGCCGUUGUUUCCUCCGGCCAGACUUUCGAGCGUGUGUGUGUUCUCGUAUGCGGAGAUUUGGGUUUCACCCCCACGCUCGCCGAUGGGUCGAGGCCGGAUUUCUCGACCGUGAUACCAAAUUUAGCGCUCAAGACUGCUAUUCUCAACUGGUGCUCGAAGACCGGGUCGGAGCGCCCGAACCCGCCUCUGUAUUCGGAUGUCGAGGCCAUUGUUCGCUCUCUCAUGGGUUCCUCUGACAGUCCGAAGAUUCGGGUCUCGGAAAGGGAAUUGCUGACGGCUGUUGCCCAAACCCCUCCGGUUUUGUUCUCACAUGCUGCUACGGAAUUGAACCCGCGAAAUUUGUACUCCUCUUCGAGCUCUGAGGAAUCUGUUGUCGCCAAUGCGACGCCUCUUUUGCCUUUUGCAACCCGACCCUCUUGCUUUUCAUACUCAUCUUCCCCGUCUACUUCCUCGGAAUUUGUCUCCGAGGAGGCGUCGUCGGCUAAUGUUUCUUCUACUUCUUCCGGGGAGGAUGAGAAUUUCGUUACUAGAAUGAGAAAUUUGGAUGUCUACGAGCAGGAGCAAGCUGUGAUUCUGUUGAGGAAAACGACGAGAACCAAUGAAGAAGCGAGGGCGGCGCUGUGCUCGGAGAGGCUUUUGUUUGCUCUGAAGCAGUUGUUGAAGUCGCGCUACGCCGCCGUUCAGAUCAACGCCGCGGCGGCCCUGGUGAAUCUUUCGCUUGAGAAGGAUAAUAAAAUCAAGAUUGUGAGAGCCGGGGUUGUUCCUUUGCUGAUUGACAUUUUAAGAAACGGUUUUGAAGAGUCCCGGGAGCACGCUGCCGGCGCGCUUUUCAGUCUAGCUCUCGAGGAUGAGAACAAAACCGCAAUCGGCGUUCUCGGAGCAUUGCAGCCGCUGCUGCACGAACUGAGAUCCGGCACGCGGCGGAGCCGCCAUGACGCUGCUCUGGCGCUGUACCACUUGACGCUGGUGCAGAGCAACAGGGUGAAAAUCAUGAAGCUGGGAGCCGCCGGUAUUCUGCUGGGGCUGCUGAAGGACGCGGAGCUGGCGGCGCGUGUCGUCCUGGUGGUGUGCAACCUGGCAUUGUGCGACGGGGGCCGGGCGGCGUUGCUGGACGCCAAUGCAGUGGAAACCUUGGUAGCCGCGUUGAGAAACAGGUCCGAGUUGGACUCGGAGUCGACUCGGGAAAAUUGCGUGGCAGCACUCCACUCAUUGAGUCACGGGAGCUUAAGGUUCAAAGGGCUAGCGAGGGACGCCGGGGCGGUGGAGGUGCUACGGAAUGUGGUGGAUACGGGCAGCAAUCGGGCGAGGGAGAAAGCCGGGAGGAUGUUGGAGGUGCUUAGGGGGCCAAAGGAGGCGGAGGACGGGGCGGAGGUGGAUUGGGAGGCGGUGAUGAAGGAGGGUGUGAGUCGUCCAAGACACGGACUGGGAAAGCGUUACGGGACGAACUGAAUUUUGAGUUGGUAGUAAUUUUUUGGUGGAGCAAUGUUAAUAUUAUAUGGUUUUUCUUCAUAUGUUUCAAUCUAUCUAUCAUUGUUAUGUGGGUUGGGGCCUAACAUCUUUUGUUUCUGUAGGAUUGUGGUACUCUGUUUUUUUAUUUAUAUAUGUAUAUAAAAUUAAUAAUAGUUGAGAUUGGAUUGGUCCA